CUUCAGGCACUACUUCAUUUCUUUCAAUAUUCCUUCUCAGGGAAACUCGUUUUCUUUCUGGGACAAAAUGAAGAGCUCAGGCUCCCCUGUUUUCCUUUUUGCAUUCUGUCACAUCUUCUGUUUAGCAUUUGGCACCGAUGUUAAACCACUUGCCCCUGCACUAUAUGUGUUUGGAGAUUCACUGCUUGAUAGUGGCAAUAACAACUUCUUGCCUACCCUUGCUAAGGCUAAUUACCUUCCUUACGGUUCUAAUUUCGACAAAGGAAUCACCGGAAGGUUCACCAAUGGAAGGACACUACCAGAUUUUGUAGCUGAAUUUCUAGGUCUUCCUUACGCUCCACCUUAUCUGAGUGUGCGCGUACCCGCAACCCUCACAGGUUUUAACUAUGCAUCAGGAACAUGUGGUAUUCUGCCUGAAACUGGAAGCUUAUUUGGCAAAUGUUUGAACUUGGGAGAUCAAAUCAAUUUGUUCGAACGGACAGUGAAGUCAGAGUUGCCAAGACAGUUUGGUGGCUCACGUGAGCUUUCAGAGUACCUAUCCAAGUCCAUAUUUCUAGUCUCCAUAGGAAACAAUGACUACCUCAAUAAUUACCAGAACCCAAGCAACCAACGCGACCCUCAGCAAUUCGCUCAAGUUCUCACUGAUGCACUUUCUCAUCAUUUUGAGAAGCUAUAUAAUUUGGGAGCAAGGAAGGUGGUUAUGUUUGAAAUUGGCCCAAUUGGGUGCAUUCCCUCGGUUGCCAAGACACAUGAACACACAGGACAAUGCUUCGAGGAAACAAACCAGCUAGCCUCCUAUUUUAACAACAGACUUCCUGCAGUGCUAAACAAUUUGACAUCCACCCUCCGGGGCUCCAUUUUUGUUCUUGGCCGUGCUAAUUGGCUAGGUUACGAUGCUGUUGUGCACCCUUCUAAAUAUGGUCUAAAAGAUUCAAUCAAUCCAUGUUGCACUACCUGGGGGAAUGGGACUUCUAUGUGCAUUCCAUUUCUAAAGCCAUGCCCUAACCCAGAGGAGCAUUAUUUUUGGGAUGCAUUUCAUCUUACUGAAGCUGUCUACUCUGUAAUAGCGAGCCGAUGCAUCAAUGACACAACCGUCUGCCUUCCUUUCAAUAUAAAGGACCUCGUGGAGAAGUGAAGGAAUUUAUAUAUAUCAAGAAUAAUUAAUGUCGUUAUUGUUCAUUCAUUAUAUAAUUCAUUAUUUGAUGUACAAUAAAUAUUGGUUGGCAUCUCAGUAAUGUGAGAUAACCACCUCAUGUGAACCUAAUUCUUUCUAUGAAUCACAUGGUAAGGGAUAAUUAAUCAAAUUAAAUAAGAAAA